AUGGAUUCUGAUCACAGUUUGAUCAGUUACUCCCUUGCGAUAGGUGAAGGCGAACCUAGCGUGACUAAUACAUUCCCGCGCCGCAAAUCUGCAACGUAUGCUCUCCGAAAGGCUGAUCGGCCCAACUUCACUUCGAAGUGCGACUCGGCGUCAGCAAAUGCUACUACAUGGCAUUCGGUCUAUCGUGGCAUCCUGCGUGCGGUAAAACAAACUAUUCCUAAGGGCAGCCGUGACAACCCUCGUACGAUUUGGACGGACGAUAUGGAUCUGGCAUCUCAACAGGCUAAGUACGCGUUUCAGGCUCACCUUGUCACCCCACAUGGUGACAUGCUUUGGAACGCAUUCAUCCGGGCCAAGGAUCGACGAAACUCAGCUUUUCGUCGAGGGAUCCAAAUACUUAUGGAAUCCCGCGCUCAAAAACUCGGGGCCUUGUCCACCCCCCAGUUGGCGUUAUUUAAGAGGAUUGGCGGCAUCGCCUCCUCGCCCACUUUCUACAGUGGUUCUCCGAUCACUUAA